AUAAAAAGCCUUGUGCUUUAUAAAACAGCAAGUUUGUCCAACGCAAGCCGAAACAGUUUGGGAAUUGUGUUUCGGGAGUACAAUAAAGAAAUCAUCUGGUAACGGCUGUUGAAGAUUAUGCUUGCCAAUUCACGGGUUUUCACGAAUAAAACAACGUAAUUUGAAACAUUAUCCUACCUCCAUUUCUAAGGUAUUAUACAAAAUUUGAAACGCUGGCCGAGAUACUCGGACAGCCUGGGUUUCCAGCAAGAUUAUCUCUGUCUUCAUAGUGCUUUUUUUGAAGUACAUUUUAAACUAAUUCUGCAGCUGUAAAAUAUACGCAUUAUGGCACAAUUCUGAGAAGGAUCUACGAUUUACUGAACUAGCGUUUAAAAGGAGUGAGCUGCAAUUUGGAUUAUAAAAAACUCCUGCUGCAAAGAGAAGGAAGAAGGAGACAGUUAAACGGAAUUGAAUGAUCCGCAACAUCAACACGCCUGGAAUUCAUCUACAAACGAAAACGAAUUUAUGUGGUGCAUUAUUUAUCAUCAGGCGUAAUGGCACAUUUCUGGGGAUAACUGUGAUUUAAGAGAGACAGAUAACAAAGAUUCUGUGAUUGCCUUAUUAUAAUAAAAAGUCAAUUUUUUUACCUUUGAAAGAUAAAGCUGCAGUGUGGCGUGAGACAUGUUCGUACGACUCAUUCGGAGCGCCGCUGACUUCGCAGACUGUUUUGGCCCUGCCGGAGCUCAGGUCUUAGCUGUGGGACCCAGGAAGUCCCAGUAACCAGUUCCCAAGCAAUUGAGGGGGAAGGAAGCGGCUCCUGGAAUUCCUCCACCCCGCGCCCCCCCUUGCCAGCCCUCUGCCACAAACACUUUAAGCCAAUGCCACAUUAUUUAUAUCAUGGGAUGCAUCAAAUCGAAGCAGAACAACCUGACUCAGAAUGCCAGCUCUAUGGAGAAGGCAGACGGCAAGCCAAAGAAGUACUUAGACGAGAACGCAGCUCUCGUCAACUCAGAGACGCGCCAGGGGGAGGAGGGCUCCCUGCGGGUGAACCCAGGGCUGCUGGACUAUGCCCAGCGGCUCUCCGAAGAGAUUGUGGCCAAAGCUGUGCAGCAGUGGGCAGAGGUUGACAGCAGGUACAGUGACAUCCCCUACAUCGAGAGCGAUGUGCCUUGAAGCCGGGCGGAUGACGCAUGUCCAGAUGCCAUCGUUUUUCUGCGAACCAUUUCAGAGCGAGCCCAGGGGAAGAGGAAUCAAUACAAAUGUCCACUCUUAGAGCAGAAUAACAGCGUUCCAGCGGUUGGGAAACUCUUUUUCUGCACCUACCCAGAAGAAACAUUAAAUCCUGCACCUAAACAAGGCAUUUUCACCUUCUUUUUUUACAAUUUUCAUUAUUUAAAAGAAUUGUUUUCCGUUAGUAUAAAGGAAGAAGUCUCCUAUAAGUAUUCUCAAGGAGGGUAACAGCAGUUUCAGGAAGGAGGUGAGGUAGUAAAUGAGCCCACUGGUUUACAUGCUGCAAGUCAUUUCUGUCUCCAUCAGCCAUUUAUCAGGUGAUGUAACGCAAGCUCUGGUGGCCUAAUCCUGGCAACGUAGCUGGCGGUAGCUGCAUCCUUCAGUUCCUUGGAUUCAGAUGGGAAAGGUUGGGAAUAAAUGGAACACUCAUUGCUGCAUUUGUCCUUAUGUCAGUGUAAUGGAAGAGACCCUGGGCACGGGCCCAUCAGGAGAAAUUCUUCCCACUGAGGGAACAGAGACGGAGUGGGAUUACAUUUUCAUGAAAAUAGGCUAUUUACUUGGCUGACAUCCUGGUAACAGAAUUCGGUUCCUUGCAGAGAAGUUAUUAAUAGUCCAGUGCCUCUUGUGCUGUCACUGCUUCUACAGUAUGGAACUGCAGUCUCAGUUUCCCCCUUCCAACAGCCAGCAAGGACAGCAGCACAGACUCCACACUGCAGCUCCAACUUCAAGAUGAAAGAUUAAUGGGCUCAUCUGGCCUGUUCCUUACAAACCCUGUAAUCACUUUGACCUUUAUGUUUAUAUAUCACACAUCCCAGCUCUACCCAAAGGAGUUUUUAAACCUCGGUUUUCAUGAUUUUACUAUCCUAAUUGAAAAUGGUAAAGGGAAGGAGGCAUAAUAUGUAUUUUCCCAAAGUAAUAAGAGUCAACACUUUCUGCUUUUACAAUUUGGUAUCUGAUAUCUGGUGUUUACAUUAUGCGGCAUAAAACGUGAAACACGUCUUACAAUGGCCAUGUUUCUUGCUGUUUUUGUUGAGACUUACUGUAACACCUGAAAAAAUGCAGUGUUCCACCUUCCAUGAUAAAAAUUGCUGAAAGUGCAGUAAUUUCUUCAAUGUGAUAUGAAGGCUCCAAGAUUUAAAUAAGAAAAUUAUUAUUUAGUGCUUAAUCGGUGUAAAAAAUGUAAAAGUGUAAAACAGUUCCAGUUUUCAAUCAAAUAUACCCACUAAAUAAUAUGAUAACAUUUUUUCUAGUGCAAGUUAAGCGUGCGGCCCCUGUGUGUAUUACACAGAAUUGCGAUUGAGAUGGGCACAUUAAAUUGGAUUGUGUUGGCAGAGUAUGUGUACUGCAGGACACUAGCUGAUCCUGGUGUGCUAGGUAAGUACUGUACUUUUUGGGAAACCCCUAAUAUACUGUAUUUUUCUUUUGUAGUUAACACUGGAUUCUAUAAAUGGGAUGAAUUCUAUCUUUGUGUUUUUAAAAAACAAAAUAGCACAACACCAUUUUAGAAUGGUUUCUUUUAUGUUUCUAAAACACCAGAAAUGAAUGUCAUACAGUAUUUCUCACUAGGCUUUUGUGAUGGAGAGCAUGUGUAUUUGUACAUGCAUUCUUGGCCUGGGUAGGUAAACCCCCAAAACAGUGCUUUAAAAAUAAUGACCAAGGAGAAAAAAAAAAUCACUGAUUGAAAAAAAAAACUCCUAAUACUAAUCCUGGCUGAGAGAUUAGUCCUAGAUCCUAUCCACAAAAUAAACAAUAUUAUGUAACCAAACUGAAUAGCUUUUCAAGAUUAACAAUGAAGCACACAUUACCGUUCUACUGCAAAACAAGUAAUAGGGUGUCUAUGUUGUAUAAUAAUGGGAGUUAAUAGUUUAUGGCCCAUGGUAUAACUGAAGUUUAUGGCAUUGUAAAAUGCACUUUAAAAAGCUGCAUAGUGUGUUCUAAAUAUCAUUAAUUGCUUUACACAAAAAGUCAAGUUGUUUAAUCAAUGGUGGCUAUGAUUUAUAAGCGGUGAAGAUACUGUAGUACUUAAAAUAAAAUUAGCUAAUUACAUACACAACUAAAAUAUGCAGGUAUAUUUAAUGUAUACCUCCUGACCUGUCUGAAAAAUGCUGCAAAGAAUUUCUAAUUCUGACCUAAUGCAAAGUUUGCUGUAUUUUUCAGUUCAAUAAGCAUACACAUUUCCAGUGAGGAAAUUAUAAUGAAUUCAUGAAUAAAACCUAUUAGCAUUUCAUAUUAUACAUAAGCAUGAGGUGACCUUUGCUUUCUCGUUCUUUAUUCUCGCUUGUAUUUAUCACUCAGGUGAAAUGUCACAACUUACGGCAAUAUUUAGGGAAAGCAAGGCUUGCCAGAAAUAUUCAGUGUUAAUGUACUUAACUACCGUAAAAGUGAGAGAAUCAUGUUUUCAUAUUAUUAUAAUGUAUUAGUACCAUACUGUACCAUCGGAAAGAUAUAAAGAGCUUUAAUGGCAAAAUGAUUAAUGUAGAUUAAUCUGUUCCUUGAGUGAUGCAUUGGUAUUAUGGUUUUAUUUUGGUUGGUACCAUAAGUUUAUGUUAUUUAAUCUCUGCAGUAAGGCCUAAGAUAAACUCUGACAUACAUAAAGUGAAUAUUAGUCACUUUUUAGGAUCUGCUUGGUUCUGCAUUGAGGAGGAUAUUGUUGAUCAAUGUACACAGUAAUUAUAGUUUCAUUUUUAAGGGGUACCUUACCUUUGGAUGGAAUAUAGAGUGCUGUAACAUAGUGUGUCUUUAAAAUUAACAACUUAGAUUUUUUUGCAGUGAUGUUACAUAUUCUAAAAUAUUCAUAUUCUAAAAAUAUAGCAAUUACAGAAGAGUUUAAUCGGGCAUCAGAUUACCUUUUUUCUUAGUAUGUGGAAUGCAACUAGACAAAUACUCCUCAUUAUAUGC